GAAAAGCAUUUUUGACGUUCAGGCUCUUCCACUGUCUCAGUUUUGUUUGCAUGCUGUCUCUUAAUUCUCAGGGCUCCACGCCCCGGCUCCUGGAUUUUUAUUCUGCCGCUCAGAAUUCUCACCGGGAUCCCUGCUAGAGACCUGGCUUCGUGACCCUCUCAAUUCUCAGUGCCCCAUGUUGUCUGAAUUCCCCACGUGUCUUGAGCCUCCCUUUUUCGGCUCAGAUUUUACUGCUACCUAUCUGGAUCUCACCUCUCUGGCUUUAGCCUGCUGCUCAGAUUGUCCCUCAGGCCUUCCGCUCUCUCCAGACUCACCACUUCCCCGAUAUCCAUUCUUGCCUGGCCUGUCAUCUGCCCUAUCUGUUUUUCUCAGUCUGACUGCUUAUCUCUCCAUGAUCUCAAGAUCUUUGGAUUUCAGAAGUUUCAGGUCUUCAAAGCUUCACCUUUCUCCAAAGGCAGAUGUGAAGAGCUUGAUCUCUUAUGUGGUGACCAAGGCAAAAGUGAUUAAUGGGAAAUACCAUCGUUUCUUGGGUCGUCAUUUCCCCCGCUUCUAUGUCCUGUAUACAAUCUUCAUGAAAGGAUUGCAGAUGUUAUGGGCUGAUGCCAAAAAGGCUAGAAGAAUAAAGACAAAUAUGUGGAAGCACAAUAUAAAGUUUCAUCAACUUUCAUACCGGGAGAUGGAGCAUUUGAGACAGUUCCGUCGAGACGUCACCAAGUGUCUUUUCCUAGGUAUUCUUUCCAUUCCACCCUUUGCCAACUACCUGGUCUUCUUGCUAAUGUACCUGUUUCCUAGGCAACUGCUGAUCCAACAUUUCUGGACCCCAAAGCAACAAAUUGAUUUCUUAGAUAUCUAUCAUGCUCUCCGGAAGCAGUCCCACCCAGAAAUUCUUUGUUAUUUAGAAAAGGUUAUCCCUCUCAUUUCUGAUUCAGGACUCCAGUGGCAUAUGACAGAAUUGUGCACCAAGAUGCAACGUGGUACCCACCCAGCAAUACAUGAUAUCCUGGCUCUGAGAGAGUGUUUCUCUAACCAUCCUCUGGGCAUGAACCAUCUCCAUGCUUUGCAGAUGAAAGCCUUGAGCCGAGCAAUGCUUCUCACACCUUAUCUGCCUCCUGUCUUGUUGAGAUACCGUUUAAAGACUCAUACCACUGUGAUUCACCAGCUGGACAAGGCUUUGGCAAAGUUGGGGAUUGGUCAGCUGACUGCCCAGGAGGUGAAGUCGGCUUGUUAUCUUCGUGGCCUGAAUUCCACCCAUAUUGCUGAAGAGAGGUGUCGAACUUGGCUGGGAGAAUGGCUGCAGCUUUCCUGCAGCCUGAAAGAAGCUGAGCUGUCCCUCUUGCUACACAAUGUGGUCCUGCUUUCCAUCAACUACAUUGGGACAAGGCACUGAGCCGACAAGGAGCGGGUAGCAUUGUCCUGCAUGCAGUCACAUAGUCCAGCAGCGUGGGACCAAACAGCACUUGUCAGCAAAGAGUGUGUGCCCUGUUAGGCGUGUGCAAGGCAGAGGAGCAGGUGCCCGUGUGGCAGCUGGAACUGAAAGAAACCCUCCUACCGGGGCGGCCCACGAGAGGUGUCAUCCCAACUUCCUGAGAGUUCGCUGGAGCUGGCAGCAGCUUUUGUACUGGGCUUUUACUAUGG